AAUCAAAGCUUAAGUGCCAAAAAAAAAAGGGGGCAUGGAGUUUUUCUAGGCUUUGUAAGGUCAGGGGCAUUGAGAGCUUUGGGCUUCUGCAAUGUCAGCAGGGGGCGUGGGCAACCGGACGAGGUUAAUCGGCGCCGGCGCUUGGAUUGCUAGCGACAAACUGCUAUUGUGUGUGAAGCGGACGCUAUUUGGAAACCGCCAUGCUAUGGCUGUUCUCUUAGCGGCAGCCCCUACAAGCUCUAUACAAUGGCCCCGCUAUAGCGCAUAGCGGACACUGUUAACAAUACUAAUUGGGUAAAUUUCAAAAAGGGUUAAUUUAAUUUUUAGUCUAUUAAUUAUCACAUUGAUUUUAUUUUAGUUUAGAAACUAUGUUUUAUUUAAGUGGUCUAUUAACUUUCAGAUUCAUUUCAAUUUCGUCUAUUCAUUUCAAUUUCGUCUACUUGGUCAAAGAUAACGGAACACUUUCUAUUCUAUUAGAAAACAAUUAAACCUCUGACUAUAUUUGUUUUGAUCUUUUAAUCUUUAAAUUUAUAUUUGUUAUAAAAAUAACUUUUUUAC